AUGGGUCUUAGUGAUAUUUUCUUGUCCCGGUUUCUGCAGCCGGGAGAGGUAUUCGAGAAAGAGUGCGAGAAGUGCCAGUGCGCGCACAACGAAGUGAGCUGCCUGCACCUGGAAGGCUGCGGCACCGAAGCACCGCAAGAAACCACAACUUACACGCCUGAACCCGAGGGCGGAUGCUGGACUCCGUGGUUCAGCACCGACAGCCCAGAAGGGCCCGGAGACUUCGAAGACUUGCGACCAAUGCAAGCGCACGGGAAAGUCUGUCUCCAGCCAGCGGCCAUCAACUGCAGGACUGUCGCCGGUAACACGGAUUGGAGCCAGUCCGGCCAAAAAGUGACCUGCGCCGUCGAUCGCGGUCUCCAGUGUUGGAACAGCGAAAAUUCUCCCGAGCAAUGCCAGGACUACGAAGUUCGCUUCUACUGCCCCUGCGAAGAAACCCCGACCCCUGUUCCAUGGACCCCGGUUCCCGAGCCCCAUUGCGAGCACGGCUGGAGCUCUUGGCUCAACGGACAUAGCCUGGACGCCCUGGGAGACCUGGAGACGCUUCAGUCGGCGAGGGACACCGGUCUCCUCCAGUGCCCCUCGGUGACCGCCAUGGAGUGCAGAGAGGCCGACAGCCAGGUUUCGUGGGACCAGAGUGGUCUGGUCGGAGUGCAGUGCGACCUCACGACGGGCCUGGUAUGCCGCAACAAGGGCCAACCCAAGGGGCGGAGCUGCGCCGACUUCGAGGUGCGUUUCUUCUGCGAUUGCGGGGGCGAGACCCCGCCCCCUCCGCCAACGUUGCCACCCGCGACCCCGACGCCCGCCAUUCUCGUCGAAACGACACCUCCGGCCUGCUCCUUCUGGUCCGACUGGGUGGACGAGAACCAUCCGGGACUCGAGGGCCAAGAUGGCGAACGGGAGCCCGGUCUGAACCUUCGUCCCGAGCUGGGAGACUUUUGCCAGGAGGGCUCUGUAACUGAAGCGGAGUGCGCCGAGUCCUCGAGUGGCAGGCCCUACGAGGAGGCCGGGCAGACGGCGCUGCACUGUGACGUCAACGAGGGUUACACCUGCCGGGACCAGGACCAGCCUGCGGGACGCUGCAUCGACAUCAAGAUCCGCUUCUUCUGCUCGUGCGAGGAAGUUUCUCCCACCACGAUGGUCAUCGUCACGCCGAAGCCCACACCUCACCCCGGCUGCAGCGAGUUCAUUCGACUGAUCGACGGACCGGAGCCUCUGAAGGACUCCCUGCUCAAAGCUAGCAGCAGUCGAGACUCCAAGAGCGGGCCACAGGCGUCCCGAUUUUCCAGCGACGGUUCCUGGGUGCCACACCUGAACGACAAGGAGUUCAUCGAGGCGGAGCUGGUUCGACCCCAGACCGUCUACGGUGUGGAAACCCGAGGCGAUUCUCAACUUGGCGCCUGGGUGACUUCCUUCACCGUCAUGUUCAGCCAAGACGGCGUCGCUUACGGCCAGCUUUCCAACACGGACGGAUCGCCCAAGGUGUUCAGCGGAAACCACGACGCCCAAUCAAAGAACCGUCAACUGUUCGAGCAUCCUUUCCAAGCCAAGUUCAUUCGCCUUGUACCCAAAAGUUGGGAAGGUCGCAUAGCCCUCAAGUGGGACUUGCUCGGAUGCUCGUAUGAAACCUUCACACCGAAGCCAAUCGGAACCCCAUCCAACAUGGAGGUGUGCCGAGAACCGAUGGGCCUGCAGAGCGGCCUGAUAGGAGAUAACCAGAUGGAAGCCUCUUCGUACAGAGACGAGGAGCACGCAGCGCACUACGGACGCGUCGAGCAGCGCGGCUGGGUUGCAGGAGUGGCCGACAAGCAGCAGUACCUUCAGGUGGACUUCGAAGACAGCCGAAACCUGACCGCCGUUGUGACCCAAGGCCGUCCCGAGAUACCGCAGUGGGUGAAGUCCUUCAUUGUCCAGACGAGCAACAACGGAAAGAGGUGGAAUACCAUCAAGGACAAGGAAGGCGGAGAGAUGGUGUUUUCGGGAAACUUCGACAGCUCCACUCCCGUCACUAGCGUGUUCCCGAAAACUGUGAGCGCACGCUACCUUCGUAUCGUUCCGCUCACCUGGAAGAACUGGAUCGCGCUUCGUCUGGAGGUGCUGGGCUGUGAGCAUGAAGAAGGGACCACGACGCCCGGCCCCACGACUGCCGCCCCGAUCGUGGUGCCCGGCUUCAAGUGCCCCGAACCGAACGGCUUGUUCCCGGACCCGAUCAACUGCCGCAUGUUCUACCACUGCUCCAACGACGAGCCGCAUCACAAAUGGUGUCCGGGAGACCUGCACUUCAACCCCAAGCUCCUGGUGUGCGACUGGAAACAGAACGCCGGAUGCGAAGAAGGAUUCAUCAGUGAACAACCCAAGACCACACCGGAACCGGUCGUCACCCUGCCUCCGGAGCCUUGCGUGGCGUACGGACCCUGGGUCAGCACCACGGACCCUGGACUGGAGUCCGAAGGAGACGUCGAGGACAUUAGGCGCAUCAUCGACGAGUCCGACAUGUGCCGGGAGCCCAUGGGAAUUGAGUGCCGAGAGUACGCCACCGACGCCGACUACAGAUCCACUGGCCAGAGGGUUACGUGCGAUCUGGAGCACGGUCUCCGCUGCCUUAACCACGAGCAGGACUCCAGGCCCUGCCUCAACUACAAAGUACGAGUCAAGUGCUGGACAUGCCGGGCCCUGGAGGAGUCGACGCCCACGCCCGAGUUGACCGCCGUCCACUGCCCCGAAGUGUCCGGCGAGAACGCGACUUCCUGCGGCCAAGGCUGUCCCGUGGGCUUUGCCUGCGACGGGCUCCGUUGCGUCCACGAGGCAGACUGCCCCUGCGUCAGAGACGGGAAGCACUUCCCGGUGGGAGGAAUCCUGGAGACGAGGACGUGCCAAGAGUGCCAGUGUCAACUUGGAGGGCGUUCCAACUGUCUGCCAAUAGCCUGCCCAGCGUGCCCUGAGGGCAGAGCCAAGAUCUUGAAUCCGGACUGCUCGUGUGACUGCGGUGGCUGCCCGGAAGGUCAGCGCCUUUGUCCCACGUCUGGCGAAUGCGUCAACGAGGAUCUGUGGUGCGACGGCGUUGUCAACUGCCCCGAUGACGAAGCACAAUGCGAGGCAAAAACCCCCGCUCCGUGCCCACCUGUUGCGAAAGUCUUCUGCGGCAAGGGCCAGACGAUGACUCUCCAGACGGACGACCAGGGCUGCGAGCAUUUCUCCUGCGAGAGCGGGGAGCGUCCCAUUAUCGUGCCACCACCACCGACCAAGGCUUCCUGCGAGCUGGUCGGCCACCACUUCUCGACCUUCGACGGCCGGGAAUUCGACUACAGCUACUGUCACCACAUCCUGCUACAAGACGUUGUGGGGGGAAACCUCACCAUUUCAGUGGACCGACACUGCAGCCUGGAGAACCAGGAGAGCUGUCCCAAGCGCGUGAUCGUGGAACACGGCCACCAUCGCAUCGUGCUGGACGCCGACCUGUCGGCAACCGUAGACGGGGACGAAUACAGCGCCCAUCAACUCCAGCUGCUGACCAAGCGGCUGCCGGACUUCGAGUUGGAGCGCGUCGGAGAGAGGAUCCACUUCCGUUCGCGCGUCCACAACCUCGUUCUCAAGCUAGACGUUCGUGGACGUGUGGAGAUCGAGGUCGAUUCGAGCCUCAAGGGAGUUCUCGGCGGUCUCUGCGGCUUCUACAACGAGUUGGUGUCGGACGACCUGACCACACCGGCGGGUCAUCAGGUGGCCACCAGCGACGAGUUCGGGGACAGUUGGGCAACUCCGGGGACCGCUCAAGACUGCCUGCCCUUGGCCUGUCCCAAGGACACGCUGCUUCAGGCAGCGAAGAUCUGCAACCGGCUCAAGGAGGAGCCUCUGAGUCAGUGCCAAGGCAUCGAAGAUCAGCUGGAGAACUGCCUGAGCGCCAGCUGCGAGUGCCUGCAGAGAGGCAACACCACCGCGGAGUCGUGCGCCUGCGACGCUUACCUGGACGCGGUGACUCAGUGCGAGAAGGACGGGGGCGAAAAAGCGGUCGAGAGUCUGCGAGGCUGGAGGCUGGAGUACGGCUGCGUGCCGGAUUGUCCACCCGAGAUGGAGUGGCUAGACUGCGGCCCGGACUGCCAGAUCACGUGCGAGAACUUCCUCGCGGGGGACCUGGGUUGCGCUACCAAGAAAUCGUGCAACCCCGGAUGCUUCUGCCCACCGGGCACUGUCCUGGACCGAGACCAUUGCAAGAAGGCUGACGAGUGUGCCGACAAGGUGUGCACGGGCUACGGUGACCCUAUGAUCGAGACCUUCGACGGCUGGAAGUUCCACGUGCAGAGCAACGGCCACUUCGAGCUCGUCUUCGACAGGGAAGGCCGCUUCAUGGUCGAUGCCGUUACGGACAGCUGCGAGGAACGCGCCACCUGCAUCAUCGGGCUGGACAUUAAGCACGAGAACCACGUCGCGAAGAUUAGGAGACACAAGCAGGUCCUCAUCGACAACGAAGAGUACGACAGGGAUCAGCUUCCUUGGACUGGCAUGGGAGUUACAAUCUUCGCCAUGCCGGGCAAGGUCACCGUGGUUGUCUUCACAGGACUAGGGGUCCAGAUCCGAUACAACGAAAUCAGCGCUGCCUUCUCAAUCCACGUUCCGUCCAAGACGUUCUUUAACAAGACUGCUGGACUCUGUGGCAACUGCAACGGAAAGCCUGACGACGACAAAACGACAAAGAAUGGCACCAUCACAGAGGAGAUGGUCACCUUUGUCUGCAGCUGGGAGACGCAUAUCAGCGAGGAGGAGUGCGUCAGGAACUUCACCGGAGAAGAACCCGAGAAGCCUCCGGUGCCUGGCGCUUGCUCCGAGAUUCUGGACCGAGAGGUGUUCGGACAGUGCCUCUCCCUGGUGGACACCACAAAGUUCGUGGACCAGUGCCGCCACGACACGUCCUUCUCGGUGCAAGAAAACACGGCCGUCUGCAGCUCGCUGCUCGAAAUGGCCCGCGCCUGUUGUCUGGCCGAUGUGGAAGUGGACAAUAGCUGGAUCCAGAAAUUCUGUAACAUCACGUGUCCUGGAGACACCCGCUACAUGAGCUGCCACGACGCGUGCCCCCAGUCGUGCGACACCGAGCGCGAGAACGAAGCCUCCAGCAAGUUCGUCAAGGGAUCCUCCAAGACCCACUACCACAAGUCCGACUGCCGCAAUCUCAAGGUGGACGGAUGCUUCUGCCCAGACGGACAGGUCUUUGAGGAUGGGGACUGCAAGCCCAAGGACGUUUGCGAUCUCUGUGACGACCAAGGCCAUAAAUUGGGCGACGUUUGGAAGACUGACCAGUGCACGAGCUGCACGUGCAAGAAGGACGGCAAGAUGGACUGCCAGCACGAGGUCUGUCCUCCGGACCCGAUCUGCAGGGAGAACCAGAAGCUGGUUCGAGUCUCGGGGGCCGAACUGGAACAGUGCUGCGACAAAAACUACUGCCAAGACAUCGUGGAGGAGUGCCCAGAACUGUCGCUGCCAAGAUGUGAGCGAGGAGACGUGACAAGGACCAAGACUGACUCCAAGGGUUGCCCCAUGUACUACUGCGAAUGCGAUCCAGCUCUUUGUCCGCCCGUGGUCUGGCCGACGGACCUGGAACCCGGUCAGGAGGUGGAGAUGACCCCAGUCGGAUGUUGCGCCACCCUCCAUGCCGUGUGUCGCCCGGAGAAGUGCCCACAACCGCCUCACUGCGCGCCACCCUUGGAGCUGCUAGAGACUCCAGGAGUUUGCUGCCGCUCUUUCAAAUGCAGACCGCCGGAAAAGGUCUGUCCUUACGCCCACAAAUUCGUCGUCGUGGACGGUAAAGAAGUCGCCAUUGAACCGGCUCUGCAAAAUGUCUCCUUCUACGAGCCCGGGCAGACGUGGAGAGACGGCCUCUGCAGCAACUGCUCUUGCGACGAAAGCGGGACGGACCUCAUGGCACGCUGCAACUUGGAGAGGUGCUACGAGAGCGCCGAACUACCAGACGACAAGGACUACUUCCUGAGCAUUGUGGACGUGCCGAACCGAUGCUGCCCUGCUUUGGUGCGACUCUUUUGCAAGGACGAGUACGGGAACAUCCGAGAGCCGGGAGACGAAUGGCAGUCCCGUGACGACCAGUGCAAGUCGCACAUCUGCGAGCAAACCGCCCUCGGCGAGGUCCACAAAGUAGAACGGUCCAUCAUCUGCCCCAAGUGCCCCGAGAACGCCCAGGCACUGCCCUUGGGCCCCGGCGAGUGCUGCCCUCGCUGCCAGAUUGUGGCCUGCGAAGAAGCGGGCGUGAUGCACCCCGUGGGCAGCCACUGGAACUCGAGCUCCCACCUGUGCUACCGGGCAGAGUGCGUGCAGGCCGGAGACACUGCGCGCAUCGUGUACACGAGCCCUUCCUGCGCUCCGGUCUCCAAGAAGUGCCCCAAGGACCAGGUGGUUUGGGACGCGAAUCGCUGCUGCCAGACAUGUAACGUCACCAUCGUGUCCGAGGAAGCCUGCGCGCCGCUUCCCUUGAACGACAGGGAGAGCGUGAGGAUGUUCCGCUUCGAGCACGAACGAUGGGGACUCUGCACCAACCCGAGGCCGGUCACUGGAGCCAGGGAGUGCGCAGGAACCUGCGAGUCGCACUCCCUCUUCACGACGGGUAACUCCAAUGAUGUCACCGCGAACUGCAAGUGCUGUAACCCAACCCAGUGGGAACUGCGCAAGAUUCAGCUGACAUGCAGAAAUGGAAAAACACUAACCAAGACUUUCCGUCAGCCCACGGCUUGUCAUUGUACCCCCUGUGCUAAUGAAGUAGGACAGCGAGAAGUUGAAAUUAUGAAGGAAGAAAACAACGGAGGUGUAAAAGUACCGUUCUCGAAGCAGAACACUAAAUACACUACUCUUCAAGGGGAUCAGCCUCCAGAAGAUAGAAACGAGAAACUAGAGCCAAUAAGUCAGAUGGUUGAAGAGCCUUAUACACACGUAGAGGUGACAAACAAACCUAGUAACCAGGAACAGAUUAGCCAGGUAGUGCAAGAGCCUUACAAUCCUGAAGAGGCGAGUGAUAAACCCAACAAGCCUGAGCCCAUCAGUCAGAUUGUCCAACAGCCUUACAAUCCUGAAGAAUUUACCGAGAAACCCGGUAAACCAGAACCCAUCAGUCAAAAUGUCCAAGAGCCUUACAACCCUGAAGAAGUUACCGAGAUGCCCAAUAAGCCGGAGCCCAUCAACCAGAUUGUCCAAGAGCCUUACAACCCUGAAGACGUCAACGAGAAGCCUGGAAAACCGGAACCGGUCAGUCAGAUUGUCCAAGAGCCUUACAACCCUGAAGAAGUCACCGAGAAGCCUGGUAAACCGGAACCUAUCAGCCAGAUUGUCCAAGAGCCGUACAGCCCUGAAGAAUUUACCGAGAAGCCUGGUAAACCGGAACACAUCAGCCAGAUUGUACAGGAGCCUUACAACCCCGAAGAAGUCACUGAGAAGCCUGGCAAACCUGAACCCAUCAGCCAGAUUGUCCAAGAGCCUUACAACCCUGAAGAAGUCACCGAAAAGCCCGAUGAGCCAGAAUCUAUCAGCCAGAUCGUCCAAGAGCCGUACAAGCCUGAAGAAGUCACCGAGAGUCCCGGUAAGCCGGAACCCAUCAGUCAGAUUGUCCAGGAGCCCUACAACCCUGAGGAAAUUACAGCGAAGCCUGGUAAACCGGAACCUAUCAGCCAGAUAGUCCAAGAGCCUUACAAUCCUGAAGAAGAGACCGAGAAGCCAGAAGCCACCAACCAGAUUGUUCAAGAGCCUUACAACCCCGAAGAAGUCACCGAGAAUCCCGGUAAGCCCGAACCCAUUAGCCAGAUUGUUCAAGAGCCUUACAAUCCUGAAGAAGUGACUGAGAAGCCAGGUAAGCCAGAAGCCAUAAACCAGAUUGUUCAAGAGCCUUACAAUCCGGAGGAAGUCACGGAUAAGCCUGGUAAGCCGGAACCCAUCAGCCAGAUUGUUCAAGAGCCUUACAAUCCUGAAGAGGUCACCGAGAAACCCGGUAAACCUGAACCCAUCAGCCAGAUUGUCCAAGAGCCUUACAACCCUGAAGAUGUCACCGAGAAGCCCGGUAAGCCGGAACCCAUCAGUCAGAUUGUCCAAGAGCCUUACAACCCUGAAGAUGUCACUGAGAAUCCUGCUAAGCGGAAACCCAUCAGCCAGAUUGUUCAAGAGCCUUACAAUCCUGAAGAAGUGACCGAGAAGCCUGCUAGGCCGGAGCCCAUCAGCCAGAUUGUUCAAGAGCCUUACAAUCCUGAGGAAGUCACCGAUAAGCCUGGUAAACCGGAACCCAUCAGCCAGAUUGUUCAAGAGCCUUACAAUCCUGAAGAGGUCACCGAGAAACCCGGUAAGCCGGAACCCAUCAGUCAGAUUGUCCAAGAGCCUUACAACCCUGAAGAUGUCACCGAGAAGCCCGGUAAGCCGGAACCCAUCAGCCAGGUUGUCCAAGAGCCUUACAACCCUGAAGAUGUCACCGAGAAGCCUGCUAAGCCGCAACCCAUCAGCCAGAUUAUCCAAGAGCCUUACAAUCCUGAAGAAGUGACCGAGAAGCCUGGUAAGCCAGAAGCCAUCAGCCAGAUUGUUCAAGAGCCUUACAAUCCUGAAGAGGUCACCGAGAAACCCGGUAAGCCUGAACCCAUCAGCCAGAUUGUCCAAGAGCCUUACAACCCCGAAGAUGUCACCGAGGAGCCUGUUAAGCCGGAAUCCAUCAGCCAGAUUGUCCAAGAGCCUUACAACCCUGAAGAGGUCACCGAGAAGCCUGGUAUGCCAGAACCCAUCAGCCAGAUUGUUCAAGAGCCCUACAAUCCUGAAGUCACCGAGAAGCCUGCUAGGCCGGAACCCAUCAGCCAGAUUAUCCAAGAGCCUUACAGUCCUGAAGAGGUCACCGAGAAACCCGGUAAGCCUGAACACAUCAGCCAGAUUGCCCAAGAGCCGUACAACCCUGAAGAAGUCACCGACAAGCCUGGCAAACCGGAACCCAUGAGCCAGAUUGUUCAGGAACCUUACAAUCCUGAAGAAGUCACUGAGAAGCCCGGUAAGCCUGAACCCAUCAGCCCAAUUGUCCAAGAACCUUACAAUCCUGAAGAAGUCACCGUGAAGCCAAAUAUGCCGGAGCCUACAAGCCAGGUUGUCCAAGAGCCUUACAAUCCUGAAGAAGUCACAGAGAAGCCCAGUAAGCAGGAACCCAUAAGUCAGAUUGUUCAAGAACCAUACCAUACUGAAGAGACCGGAAGCCCUGGCAAGCUAGAACCAACUAGCCAUGUCGUUCAAGAACCAUACAGACCUGACGAUGUGGAGAACCCUGUAAAUCAUAUUGUCCAAGAACCUUACACUCCUGGAGCCAUGGAGCAACAACCUUAUCACCCAGAUAAUAUAGAACAGUUUCCCUACCAACCUGAGGAAAUUCCAAACGCCGAAAUACAAGGACCCCUUAACCACAUUGCACAAGAACCGUACCACCCAGAUGAUAUUACCGAGCCACACGUGGAGCAACGGCCUUAUGAGCCUGAACACGCGGGCCAAUAUCCUUAUAGGCCUGAGGACGUUCCAGAUCUUGAACCAAAACAACCAGCUGGCCAUAUUGUACAAGAACCAUAUCAUCCUGAAGAUAUCCCCGAGCCCCAUGUGGAGCAACGGCCCUACUACCCAGAACACACAGGCCAGUCUCCUUACAGUCCAGAAGACAUUGUGCAGGCUCCAUACCACCCCGAGGACGUCGAACAUUCCCUACACGAGUCGAGCCACACCGACGAUGACACGGUCGUUCCUGAAUGGAUGUGGAGAAACGCUCCACUUCCUUAAAUUUUGACAUGCCCAUAAAAGAAUAGUUUAUGGAACCAUUUUCUGAGCUCAUAAUCAAAAGUCAUUACAUUGCAGGAGGGAAGCUGUUUUGCAAUGUGUUACGCUUGGCCAUAGUGCGCACGGCUUUCAUUCAUCACAUGUGACCUUGGAAAAAUAAAAUGUAUAAUUUGAUACGUU